UGAGAAAGGCUUUCUAUCAUUUGCUGCUGAAGGGAGGCUGGUUGAUGGAGGAAUUUUUAACAAAAAAAGGAAGAAAAAUAGGAGAGGUGGUUGUGGCCUUACUGUUAGGAGAGGCAAGGAUGACCAUCAAGAGGCAAUCGUAUCCCAGACAAAGAUUAACAUAUUAUCUUGGUUAAUGGAUUCUGGAACUCUGAAUGAAAAUGAAAGGAUUUAUUAUAUCACAAAGAACAAUACAGAAAACACCUCUGGUUUUCUAACUAGAAAGGGAAUUUGGUGCAAUUGCCGUAAGAAGCUAGUUUCAUUGUCAAACUUUGUAGCUCAUGCUGGUGGAGAACUUCAACAGUCUUGGGGUAACAUUUUCCUAUUGUCAGGAAAGACGCUUCUGUUGUGCCUGAAAGAGGCUUGGGAGAAGGAAAAGGUACAGAAGAAAGUUGGGUUUCAGACUGUGGGAGUUGGUGAUCCCGAUCCUAGCGAUGAUACAUGUGGUAUUUGUGCUGAUGGUGGUCACUUAAUAUGCUGUGACAGCUGUCCUUCAACCUUUCACCAGACCUGUUUGAUGCUCAAGACCCUUCCAGAGGGCAGUUGGUACUGUCCAUAUUGCAUAUGCACAUUCUGUAAGGCGCUUGUGCAUGGAUUGGACAUGCCCCUUGAAACUCAGAAUUUGCUAUCGUGCAGGCAAUGUUCACGCAAAUAUCAUAAAAAUUGUGCCUGGGGAAACAGCAUGCACAUGAUGGGUCCAGUUCCAUCUUCUUUCUGUGGGAAGAAUUGCCAAAAGGUGGCUGUGAAACUACUGGAUAUGCUUGGUAUCACAAAUUCUACAGAGGAUGGAUUUUCUUGGACUAUAUUGAAGCAUUUUGAUAAAGAUUCAGGGAUCAUGUCUGACCAGAGGUUUUCCUUUAUUAUGGAAUCUAAUGUAAAACUCUCCAUGGCUCUCUCAGUGCUGAAUGAGUGUUUUGUUCCUCUAAUAGAUCAAAGGACAGGUGUGGACAUGAUAAGUCAAGCAGUUUACAAUUGUGGAUCAAAUUUUAAUCGUCUAAAUUAUGAAGGAUUUUACACCUUGAUUUUGGAGAGGGAUGAGGAAAUCAUAUCAGCAGCGUCAUUGAGGCUUCAUGGGACAAGAUUGGCGGAAAUGCCUUUCAUUGGUACUAGACCUAUGUACCGGAAACAAGGCAUGUGUCGGCGCCUUCUUAGGGCAGUUGAAGAGAUUCUACGUUCACUACAUGUGGAGAAGCUCAUUAUCCCUGCCAUACCAGAUAUGUUGGAAACGUGGACUACGUCCUUUUCCUUUAAGCCUCUGGAGCCAUCUCAUAAGGAAGAAGUUAAGAAUUUGAGUCUGAUGGUCUUUGCGGAGACUACUCUGCUGCAAAAGUCCUUGCAGAGAACAGAAGCAUUUGUUCAGGAUGAUGUUAUGCCUGUUGAUAAGGGUAUCAGUUGUAAAAACUUACAGGAAAACUGUGAACUGCAGAGAUCUUUUGGCGAUCAAAUAAAUGGCAGAAGUAAUUUUGGAAGAUUGGAGAACAUACAGGAAGCUCAUGAACCGCAAAAAUCUUUCGGUGAUCCGACAAGUAACGGAACCUUCUCUGGAAGUGAGAUAAAUAUGCAGGAAAGUCAUAACUCGCAGAGAUCAUUUUGUCGUCAGAUAGUUGCUGGAAGACAGCCCAGAAGUGGAAACAACAUAAAGGAAAAUAAUGAACUACAGAGAUCAUUUGUUGAGAAGAUAAAAACCAAAAGUGAUUUGAUUGAUAACGGUUUUCAUGGAAAAAACAAACAGGAAAGCCGUGAACAACAAAGAUCUUUUGAUGAUCAGAUAAAUACUAGAAGCCAUUUUGGAAUUGCCAACAAUAUAGAGGAAAGGCAUGACUUGGAGAGACCUUAUGGUGCCAGUUAUGGGGAAAACAUACACGAUAGUUAUGAACUUCAGAGGUCCUUUGCUAAUGAGAUAUAUACAAGAAGCCAUUUUGAAAGUGAAAAUAACAUUCAGGAAAGUCAUGAACUGCAGAGAUCCUUUGCUAGCAGAAAUCAUUUGGGUUUCAGUUAUGGGGAAAAUAUACAGGAUAAUUAUGAACCACAUAAAUAUCCUGGUAAUCCAGGAAGCACCAGAAGCCAUGUUGGAAUGAGGAACAUCCAGGAAAGUGAAGAAGUGCAGAGACCUGUUGGUGACAAGAUAAAUAACAGUGGCCACUUUGUAUUUCAGAGACACAUAACGAAAGAAAAUGAAAUGGUUAAAUCUUGCAGUGAUCAGAAAAAUACUAUCGACCUUUUCGGAGCUGCACCUGACUGGUUACUCUAUGAGCGCAUUUUAAAGGGACAGAUUGAUCCUCCAUCAGAGAUUUGUAGAAUUCUGCCUCCAAAUACUUCCAGGGACUCUAUUCCUAAAGCUUCGUCUUGCCAACAUACACUUGAAGGGAACAUCGAUCCUAAUAGUUGCAAGGGAUCUAUACCCGAACCUUCGCCUUUGCAACCAACAUUUAUGUCACAUGUCAAUGCAGGCCAGCAUUUAUGUCAUAAUUUUAUCUCUGAGGCUUCCCCUUUUCAGCACACAGAUAUAUCAAAUGUCAGCACGGUUGCUCAUAAUCCUACAGCAACGCCUUCUCCCUUUCAAUCCGCAGAUGUUCUUCUAGACAGUGAACCUCUAGAGCAAUGUCAGAAUGUUGACGAGGUGAAGAAACUCCAGUUGGAUGCUGGCUGGUUAGUAUAUGCUGCAAUUGUAAAUGCAGCAAAUGUUGCAAGAAAUUAA